CUCCCACUCCCUCACCUCCCCGUUACUCACACUCUCUUUUUGCAACCCACUCUGUUAUCCCUCCCACCCAUAGAUCACGAUUUGAACGCCACUUCUUCUUCAUCGAUCUUGCCCAUUGCCUUCCGCAGCAAGUCAGAGACAACAAUUGUCAUCCCGGUAUGGCCUGCGGUCCGAGCCGCCCUCCCUGGUCUGUUGCUUCUCUCCUGGCACCAUGACGAAUCGUGACCCCGACUUCCGACACCAGCUGGGCAAAUUCCGUCUCGAUCCACUGCCAGUUCCGUCCCAUGCGUCUCGUGCUCCUCCAUCAAAUACAAGCGCACCCCCUGUGUCCUCAUACAGCCUGUCGCCCUCCUUACCUCCGUCUCUCCCGCCCCCGUUGUCCCACCACCACCAGCAGUCGCAGCAACAGCAACAACACCAUGCAUUACCUCCACCACCCCUCCCUCGAUCCCAAGCGUCGGCUUCCCCUGUCCCUCCCCCUCGCAGUAAACGAGUCUCGACCGCCUGCGACUUCUGUCGGAAGAGGAAGAAAAAAUGUGACUUUCGAUAUCCCAAUUGCUCGGCUUGUACGCGCGCCGGUGUCCGCUGCACCAUACCCCCGCCGGGUCCUCAGGUCGCCGCGGCCUCCGUCCCCCGUGAUCAAUUGGAGACACUACAGAACAGAGUCCGAUGGCUAGAGGAGGUGAUUCGUCGCAAGACGGGUAUCUCAGUUGCGGAACGGCCAACUGGGACACAGUUGGAUGGUGAAGCCGAUCCGGACUGGUGGUAUCAGGUUCCCGCCAUGAUGAUGGCGCGCGAGGCUCCCACGCGCUCCACCACGGCGACCACCACCCCUACAGCAGCGGCCAUGUCCAGCAGCGGCUCACCGCCGAACUCCUCUACGGUGGGUACUGAGUUGCCCAAUGUGGGCGAGAUUUUUCGAGACCAGCUGGAACACCGCCGGCCUUCCGUCGCCAGAGCCGUCGCGACUGCCCCACGGGUGAUUCGACUUUCGUCCCUGGAGGAAGCGGAGCGAGUCGCUUCCCAGUAUUUUGAUAGCAUGGGCUAUCAGUACCCCUUCCUCAACCGAACGGAGUUCUUCGCGAACAUGCGACGUAUCUAUGCGGGUGAAGUUCCUGCUCCCGAAGUCCAUAACUCGUACCACAUUACCAUUGCUACCGCUUUAUUGAUUGGGUCGGGCGAUGGGUCCAAGGCUGUGGAAUUCUAUCAGGCUGGCACCGAGACUCUUUCGUCGGCGUUACAGAACGAAGACUUGGCGGCCGUGAGAGCCUUGCUAAGCAUGGCACUGUACACCAUGUUCGCGACGAGUGGUCCGAGUGUAUGGCAUUUGCUGGGCACGGCUCUUCGCCUGGCUACGAGCUUGGGGCUUCACAAAGUUCGACCCGUGGGAAAUCUGGUUGACGAAGAAAUGGCGAAACGGGCAUUUUGGAGUCUCUAUAAUCUGGAUCGCUUAAUUGCAAGUACCUUGGGUCGGCCGCUGGGCAUUGCGGAUGAAGACAUUUCGGUGAGUCUGCCGCGAGAAUUAAACGACGACUGGGUUGAGGCCCCGGGAGCCAGCGCCAUGACUAUCCCCUUGCAGGUGGUGCGUCUCCGGCGCAUCUUCUCCCGGCUUUAUUCAUACUUAUAUAACAAUCAGCCCCCACCACCGCCCUCUGAAGUUGCGGUUACACUGGGCCAUUUUCGUCAAGAGUUGGACGAAUGGCGUCGAGCUGCCCCGGUAUAUCCUCCCGCAUUGCUCUACUCGACCAGUUAUUAUGACUAUCUGUAUGCGACUACGCUGCUUCUCAUGUACCGGCCAAGUCCUCGAAACCCAACCCCAGAUGCGGCUAGCAUUGUAAGCUGCGGCGAUGCUAGUAUUCAGGUCCUCAGGUCAUAUUGGGACAGCUAUUCGGCCGGAAAGCUCAAGUGGAUCUGGUUGACUCUCAGUCAGGUAUACUUCGCUGGUAUCACCAUCUUGUGGUGUUUGAAUCACAAUUUGCAAACUGUUCGUGAGGGUCUGGUGGCGCCUUGGCAACCUGAAGAGCGAGCGAUGCGGCGUGCCAUUCAGGCUGUCAUCGUUGUGCUAGAGGAGUUUGGCAAGCGUCGACCAGGUCAGCAGCAGCAGCAGCAACAACAGCAGCAACAGCAACAGCAACAGCAACAACAGCAGCAGCAGCAGCUACAUCUCGUCCCACCCCCACCUAACCCUACAACUCUAUUCGCUGCGGAGCAGUCUCUGCCCCCUCAGCCGCAGCAUGUUCUGAUGGCACCGCCGGUACCAAUGGCACCGGUACUCGACGAUGUUCUACUGGUUGAUGCAUCCGGAAUGGUGCCAGUAAUCGACCCACAACUGGCAGAGCAAUUGUUCUAUUCUUAUGACUGCUUCGGCGUUGCUGGGGAAACUUUAUAUAGCAUGAACCCCUCCUUCGUUUGUUCCUCCGUCAUCACCACAACCACUUCUCGCACCGACCGCUCCAUCGUCAUGGCCGCGCAGAUGUCCCAGACUCAAGUCUUUCAUGGUACACUGAUCCAUACGAUCUGUGCAAAUGAGCUGGAAAUCCUGACCGACUGCGUGAUCGUCGUCGCCCCGACCGGCACAAUUCAAGGUAUUCAUCCUUCCACGCCAGCCGCCGCCACAGCACGACUGCUAGCGCAGCAUCACGACUUGAAACCACCUGCGUACUGCUUGACCUUCCUUGGUCCUACCGAGUUUCUCAUUCCUGGCUUCCUUGACACCCACACACACGCUCCUCAGUGGGCCCAACGCGGCACUGGUCGAGGAAUUCCUCUGUUGCAAUGGCUGGAAGAAAUCACAUUUCCCCACGAAGCGAAAUUGGCGGACCCUGACUACGCGCGGCAGCUUUACUCGGCCGCAGUUCGUGGUAGCCUCCGGCAAGGUGUCACGACUGCCUGUUACUAUGGAUCACGUCAUGCCGAUGCGUCCGUGAUCCUGGCGGAAACCUGCCUGGCGCAAGGCCAACGAGCUCUGAUCGGAAAAUGCAACAUGAACCGCCACGCACCAGAGUGGUACCGCGAUACUUCCAUCACUGAUUCAAUCACAAGCACGGAAAGCUUCAUUAGGCGUGUCCGGGAGUUGGACCCUGACCAUACCCUCGUCACUCCAGUGAUAACACCCCGGUUCGCCAUCAGCUGUGAGGAAGAACUUCUCAUCCAGUUGGGACAGCUGGCGUCCCGGAACACUGACCUACCAAUUCAAACCCAUUUUAACGAAUCUCGUGGUGAGGUGGACUUUACACGGACACUAUUCCCCACGGAUAAAAGUGAGACAGAGCUCUACGAGCGACUUGGACUCCUGAAUGAGCGCAGCAUCUUGGCUCAUGCAAUUUAUCUAUCAGAUGCGGAGAUCGACCGCAUCACGCAGCGGAAAUGUGGCAUCGCUCAUUGCCCAAUUCCCAAUGUGACGAUGGAUGAGUUCAUGGUGGCUCCCGUGCGAGAAUAUCUGCGUCGGGACGUCAAAGUUGGACUAGGGACCGACUGCGGUGGAGGAUACUCGACUUCGAUGUUGGAAGUGAUGAAAGCGGCGUUUGUGGUCUCGACAGCCCGAUGUACCAUGACGCAGGGUCGUGAUGAACCAUUGAGUAUCACCGAAGGAUUCUAUAUGGCCACCUUAGGGGGUGCGAGAGUGUGUGGACUACAGGACAAGGUAGGAAACUUUGUUGUUGGCAAGGAGUUCGAUGCGUUACUGGUGCGGGCGGAUGCGAAGACGAGUGUGAUGGCACCGGUGGAGGAGACCGAUGAUGUAAAGACGGUCUUUGAAAAGUUUCUCAUGACAGGGGAUGACCGGAAUAUUGUGGAAGUAUUUGUCAAAGGAAGACAAGUUCAUGUAUCUUGAUCAUACUUACUUGUUCUCAUAGGGAGGGGAGGAAAUAGGGAUGUGGGCAU